CUGAUAGGCGGCACUGAUUGGCAGCACUGAUAGGUGGCACUGAUUGGCACUGAUGGGUGACACUGAAAGGCAGCUCAGAUGGGCACUGAUAUGUGGCAUUGAUGUGCACUGGUGUGCACUGAAUAGUGGCACUGAUGUGGCACUGGCACAAGGCACUGAUGAGCACUGACAUAAGGCACUGAUGGACACUGACAGGUGGCACUGCUGGGGCUACACUGAUCAGCAGGGCACACUGAUCAUCAGUGCCCUGCGCCGAUCGCCGCGCUGCGCACUCUCUGAGCCGCGCAUGCACAGUGAGAUUGGGAGGACGUCAUAUGAC